AUGAGUUGCUCACGUGACUGCGCGACUCAUAUCAAACGCGUCGCCGCCACGCCACCUUUGUCAAAUAGCAAAUUCUACAACUUUAACAAGAUGCAACGGCGCGCAACGAGACUUACACGUCAGUCGGCUGCGGCCGCGGCAAAUAACACCGCCGAUAGAAAUUCAAAGGUAUCUGUAGAAGAGAAAGAAAAUGAAGAAGUUGUGCAAUCUUCUAGAUCCCGCAGGACUAGAACGAGGAAGAGGACGAGGACGGCGCAAUCCCAGCCGAACGUACAGAACGCAGCAGAGUCGGAUUCCGAGAGUUACAUCGACCCGGAUCCUGACACGGACGAUGCGCCCGUCAAAAGACGGAAGAUACAAACGCGCUUGGCUGAUAAGAACGCGAUCAGAGAGCUGUAUGCACGCAUCUUCGGGCAACCUGCCGCACUCCUAGAAGACUCUAAUUCUACUCCAUCACAUAUUGAGCUCCCCACUCGCAAGCACGACGUAAAGUACCACCACCCCCUCCUCCUAGAUAGCCGGCAAGCCCGCACUUCCCUGCUCGAGUGGUUCGACGGCGUAAGCACCGCGCGCAACAUGCCGUGGCGCAAAGCCUGGAUCGACCCCACCGCAGGUCCAAUCAGCCCCGGCGGAGAAGACCUGCGCCAGCGCCUCGAGCGCCGCGCCUACGAGGUCUGGAUCAGCGAGAUCAUGCUGCAGCAGACGCGCGUCGCGGCCGUCAUCGACUACUGGAACCGGUGGAUGGCGCGGUGGCCGACGAUGCGCGACCUCGCGCGCGCGGAGCCCGACGACGUGCUCGCCGCGUGGCGCGGCCUGGGUUACUACAGCCGCGCGACGCGGAUCCAUAAGGCGGCCAAGGCGGUGUGUAAGGACAAGAGUCUGAACGGUCUGCUGCCGAGCGGCGUGGAGGAGCUGGUUAGCAAGGUUCCGGGGGUGGGCAGGUAUACUGCGGGCGCGAUUGCGGCGAUUGUGUUUGGGAGGGCGGCGCCGAUGGUGGAUGGGAAUGUGCUUAGGGUGCUGAGUAGGCUGAUGGGGGUCCUGGGGGAUGUUCAGAAGGAUAAGGGGGUUGUGGAUUUGUUGUGGGAGGCGGCGGAUCGGCUUGUUAAGGCGGUUGCGAGGGAUCGGCCGGGGGGUGGGGAUGGUGAUGGUUAUGUGAAGAGAGAAGAGGAGGGGGAUGAGGAGGAGGAGCCUAGUGACCGGCCGGGUCGAUGGGGACAAGCGCUGAUGGAGCUGGGAAGUACGGUGUGUACGCCGAAACCUAACUGCGCUGAGUGCCCUAUCACCUCGAGUUGUCGCGCGUAUGGUGAAGGUCUUCAAUUAGCUUCAAAGAAGGGGUUGGCGCCUAAGCUUACAGCGAAGAAUACUAUGGCCGAUAUCGAAGAUGCGUGCAGAAUCUGCAAACAAUUCAAAGACUACGCGGACGAUGAUGACGAGGAGCUGGAUAUGAAGACGGAGAUACCCAUCAGACAACAGAAGUCCAAGGCGAAGACGCAGGCUACUUUGCAGUCCUUCGCAUUCACGCAGACCACGACCUCUGCUACCGCUACUACUAUCAAGACAGAAGAGUUCUCUGAACAAGAAACCACGACCCCAAGUCCCGCCGCUAUGGAGGUGAUCGCAAACCAUGCGAAGAAGUUCCCAUUAAAAAAGGUGAAGAAGGCGGUAAGGGAAGAGGAAACGCUAGUCUGCGCUAUCAGACGCAAUGACGGGCGAUACCUAGUGCACCGACGCCCCGAAAAGGGGCUUCUGGCUGGUCUUUGGGAGCUGCCGAGUUACGUGCUCAAGGACCCUAAGAGCAGCACGGCGAAGACGAGGAAGGGGGAGGCGGAGAAGUUUGUCACGGACUUGGUCGAUCGAGGUCGAUCGAAGGGGGUGAGGGUGGAGCAUAUCGCUGACUUGGGAUCCGUGCCCUGGCUCUUCUCGCAUUUGAAGCUGACGAUGCAUGUUCAUCUGUUCGAAGUCGAUUUAAGUGAAGGUCUUGGUGAGGGACUUGAGUUUGAGGGAAGUGGAGGGGCGCGGAGUCGGUGGAGUGAGGCCGGCGUUGUUGAUGAGGAGUCCAUGGGUACUGGGAUGCGGAAGUGUUGGGCCUUGGUGAAGGAGGCUAGUGGAGGAUGA